CGCUAGAGGGCAGUAACACGUGGACACACCGGGUCUUAGCCGCCAUUAAACAUCAAGAAGAAGAAAAAAAAUUAGUAAAAGAAGAAGAACAACAAACGGAGAGGUUCUGAUUUACUACAAUAACGACAUUGUUUUCAUAGUAUGCGGUAAAAGGUAGCGUGUGCUGUGUUGCCUUUUCCUGAGCACGAUGGCUACUCAGAGAGUGCUCCCUCAAAGCAAAGAGACUCUGCUACAGAACUACAACAAAAGACUGAAAGAUGAUAUCAGGUCCAUCCUGGACAACUUCACAGAGAUUAUCAAAACAGCAAAGAUAGAGGAUGAGACACAGGUUUCUCGAGCAACUCAAGCAGAGCAGGACCACUAUGAAAUGCAUGUCAGGGCAGCCAACAUUGUACGUGCUGGCGAGUCCCUGAUGAAGCUGGUGUCAGAUCUGAAGCAGUUCCUGAUUCUGAACGACUUUCCCUCAGUGAACGACGCCAUCAGCCUCCAGAACCAGCAGCUCCGCUCGCUGCAGGAGGAGUGUGACAAGAAGCUCACCUCGCUCCGUGACGAGAUCGCCAUCGACCUGUAUGAGCUAGAGGAAGAAUAUUACUCCUCCAGGUACAAGUAGGCUCAUACUUGUCCCCAUCCCACCGCCCCUCUGCUGUCCCAUGCCCAGCACCAUGUCACCUUUUUACCAUUCACUGCUGAGCCCAAGGAAGGGUUUAGUUCUGCCAGCAUCUAAACUGACACCUUUUAUGUCGGAUGUAUCUCAUUUUCAUAUCCACACGGUACCAUUCAUCAAGACAAGUCAUUGCUGAGGGUCACUGUGAGCUCGUCUCACUAGGUGACUUUACAUUGUUAUUGAUUAGGAAGUGCCUUGACUUUUUUUCUGCUCUGUGACAUAUAACUGGUCAAAGUGGAGAUGACUUGAGCGUUGAAGGGGUAUACGCUCAGAAUCAGUGGUGUAAAAAACUCUUGAACUUUAACAGUUUAGCUCGUAUUUUGAGGCUCAAUUGCAGUUUACUGAUGCAGUUUGACAGCCAGAGGGCUUUUCUGAGCGGAAAGCACUAGUGAGGAUUCACUGCUAGGUUUAUUUCUACAACAUAAUCAGACUUAUAGGCUUCCUGGUCUGCAGCAUCCAAUAGGUUUGAGGGAGGUCUUAACAAAUAUUGUCUGGUACAUAGGAGAGAGAUGAAAGUAAUGGGGCCUCCUAGUUCAUUUGUAACUAAAUAUUUUAAGUUGAAGUAACACAAAGCUUUGUAGGGAAAGGAAACACACCUUUACAAGAAUUACACAUGAACAAAAACUUUAAGUAUAUCAGAAUAUAGAUUUUAUAAAAGUAUCAUUCAUUUAAGAUUAUUUAUAUGUAAUAUUUAAAUCAGAAAUAUAACCGUGAUGCCCUAUAUGCUACAUUUUAAAGAUGGACUAUGGAUGAAUGUUGUUGUUUGUAGACUGUAUAAUAAGACCCAACUUUGCUUUUUUAAUGAGGUCAAAUCUGAAGCUAAGACCUUAAGUAAAUGUUUUCUAUAAAAACAAUCAGGUGAAAAUAUUUGACUCCGUCCCAAGACCACAAGCUGUAACCAUGCAGGCGGUUGUCAGUCACACAUGGUAUGGUUGUACAUGUCUACCAGUUUGUGUUAGCUGUUCCAGUAGACCCAAGAAUGAUUGAGAAAUAAAGUAGAGACAAAACUC